AUGGCUCCGUCACUCUUCAAGUUUCGUGAAUUGCGGCGGCGAUCGCGGGCGAGUUUCCGAACCGAUGUUUCCACAGACACAGCAAGCGAUGCUGGCGGCAGCAACGGCACUGCACCCACCACGGGCUCGCUUACGCCGCCCUCGGUCAGCAGCUCUUCCGAUCCCUCCCUCAGCGUCCCCGAUCUCAGUAAAGAGUCUUUGGCCGUCCCGAGGCCGCCCCUCUCCGCACCUCAACCCGGAAGCUGCAGAAACAGCGUGUCUGGUAUGAGCGGGUUGGGAUACCCUCCUUUGAACAAGAAGCCUAGCGCUCCCCUGUCACAAUACGCCCCGCGUGUGUCCAAUAUUGGAGAGAAUGCCUGGGUUUAUCAAAAAGUGAUAUUGUUGCAUGGUACGAUUGGUGACCCCGCCACCCAGUCUAUCGAUGGCACCGUGAGCUCAAGUCGCCUUGACGACGCCUUCCCACAGAUUAACUGGCCGGUUUGCAACUCCCAUUUCAAGUGCCUCGUCUAUCUCCAACCCGGCGCCAACAGGAUUCGACUAGAAUUCACGAAUCCUAAACUCCGCACCUCGGCCCCUGUGCACGUUUCCUACCUGACGCUGCACAUGCUUCCUCCGGCGAGCUCUCCGCCGCUGCAAUUAGCCAUCUUGGUGGCUAAAGAUUCGCCCGAAACUUUUGAUGCAAUGCCAGCACGGAUAGAAAGGGAGGGGAACGACUUGGAUCUCGCAGUCAGGAAGUUCCGAAUGGCAGCUUACCUGUGGCAGGCAUUUACGGCGGAGCAAAUGUAUCGGAAUCGCUUGGGGAGAAGGGCAUUCCGGUUCGAAGAGGAAUGGAUGUUGGGAAGCUCUACCUAUCGAGAUUCUGAACUCUGCACGAUGCGUUCCGAGGCUAGGGUGCAUAUUAUCCGAACCGACAAGACUGUCGAGGAAAUUCAGGAUCUCAACAAGGCACAGCAGUAUGCGCAAGCAACGGACAAGAAUGCGCUCUUUAAUAUCGCGGCAGAGGCUGUCAAAGACUACUUUAAACCAACGUCGGGCCAGAAGCAAUACGUCUCGGUCUUGAUCCUCGAUGCCCAUUGGGACCCCGCUGCCAAGACAAUCCGGGGGCAUGCAGCACUUGGUGGCUCGGUGGGGGACCUGCAGCUGGCGAUAUUUGGCUCGCACUGUCUGCAAAGCUAUCCCGCCAGUUUUGAAGAGAUUGUGCCGGCUUUUACGGAUUGCACGCCAACAGAUACUGGCCAUGUCGCCAACGACUGUAAUCAAGCAGGGAGUUCGUGGGAGGCGGCCAACAUUGGAAUCGGCGCCCACCUUCAUGAGGUGGGCCAUCUCUUGGGCUGUCCGCACCAAGAAAAUGGUAUCAUGCUUCGGGACUACCUCACGCUGAACAGGACGUUUGUCGCACGCGAGGCCUACUGCACACGUUCACGAUCAAAGGGCGGGCCCGUCGGGGUAGAGGACGAGUGUACAUGGCAUCGACUGGACUGCCUCCGAUUCCGCAGCCACCCAUGCUUUCGACUACCCAACGAUCCUAUCCUACACCCUGACAACAGCUUGCAGGCCUACCCUAUUGAUGGCGAAAGCGUCUCUGUCAUGGCCACAACGGGCAUAUCUUUCCUGGAGAUAUUCGUUGAGGGCGACGAUGUCUGCCGGACAUGGAUCGAGUAUCCUGUUGAGAACGGGGCACCCCAGCGACAAAUUGAGCUUAAUGAAGAAGAUCUCCGGGCACGGCUCCCGGACUUCAAGGCUCUGUGCUCCAAGGAUUCGGCGGUGAAACUCGGCAAGACUGGGCGGCUAGGUUUCCUUGGACAAAAGGUAGGCCUAUCUGGGCUCAAGGGCAGUGAGGCUCAUCAAGUUGUCUUUGUCCCUAGCGGUUCCAAGGGUCCAACCAGAGUCGUAUCUCGAGUGGUGGUCUAUCACGGACGGGCGGUGGACGGAGUAGAAUUCUUCUUCGAUGACGGCUCUGUGGAAAUGCUAGGCAAGAAGGGGGCAAACCCGGAGGUGAUAUCUUCGAUUUCGAUAUUCGCCGUGGAGAGUAUCUGGCCGGAUUCCACCCACACGCUGAUACCGCCUAGCGGAUACAACGUCGUCGGAGUCGCCGGUUCCUGCGGUGCCUGGGUCGACGGACUUUCACUCAUCGUUUCCAUGUAA